AUGAUCGAGAAACUAUCCAUGGGCAUGGGCAAGCCUAUCCCACCAAUGCUUCCCGACCAGGAUAACUACACAGUCGAGUUCGAUGAAGCAAACGAUGCCUUGCAUCCCUACAAUUGGAAACGCUCCAUCAAGCUUUUCGCAUCCAUCCUGGUCUGCACGGGGACCUUCAUAGUGUCCUUCACCAGCGCCGUCUUCGCGCCCGCCACAAAGGCUGUCAGCAACGAGCUCAAUGUCUCUACAGAGGUCGGGACUCUGGGGACCACUUUAUACGUGCUCGGCUUCGCGUCUGGCCCAGUAGUCUGGGCGCCUAUGUCUGAGUUAUGGGGUCGUAGGUGGCCGCUUACAACCUCAAUGCUGGCCGGCGGCAUCUUCACUGUCGCGUCCGCCUCUGCCAAGGACAUUCAGACGCUGCUCAUAUGCCGCUUCUUCGCGGGCGCGUGCGGCGCCGGUCAGCUUACCGUCGUGCCCGGGGUACUGGCGGACGUCUUCGACAAUACCUACCGGGGCGUUGCUAUCUCGCUCUAUGCUCUGACCGUCUUCGGCGGUCCAUUCAUCGCUCCCUUCGUUGGGGGUUUCAUUGUGUCCAGCUCUUUGGGCUGGCGGUGGGCUCUGUAUAUCCCGGCAAUACUGAGUUUCGCCAACGGAUUCAUCUCGCUUUUCUUCUUGCGAGAGACAUAUGCGCCGUGCAUCCUUGUCGAGAAGGCUGCUGUGCUUCGGCGUCGGACCAAGAAUUGGGGCAUUCAAGCCAAGCACGAGACGGUUGAAGUGGACGCGAGAGCACUGAUUGAGAAGUACUUCACUCGGCCAUUGGUCAUGCUAGUGACCGAGCCAGUGAUUCUUUUUGUGUCGCUAUACAUGUCGUUCAUCUACGGACUGGUCUACUGUCUUCUCACUGCCUACCCUUUUGUCUUCGAGGAAGUCCAUGGCAUGACCCCAGGAGUCAGUGGUCUUCCAUUCCUUGGCCUCCUUAUCGGACAAGUGCUAGCCCUCAUCUUCAUUCUUUCGCAACACUGGGCCUAUGUGGAGAAGCUGGCAGAAAACAAAAACGUACCUGUUCCCGAAUGGCGUUUGGCGCCUAGUCUUCUGGGGGCGCCCAUAUUUGCAAUUGGCAUUUUUUGGGUCUAUGGCCCGCGUUUGAGAAGGAAGAGCAAGCUCCUCCAACAAGAUGAAGUACAGGACUAG